GUCGUGCAGUGAAGGACUAGACGCCCACAAUGAAUCCACAAACACUGUCACUGAGAGCGGUGCUGUUCCUGGGGCUUUUCCACACUGGGAGAAGAAGUCUAGCCUCGGCCCCAGAGCUGCUAGAGCAACCCAAAAAGAUAGCUGUGGUCGGAGCAGGCAUCGGUGGCACAGCUGCAGCGUUUUACCUGAGGCAGGAGUUUGGACCUGGGGUGAAGAUCGAUGUGUUUGAACCUGGCACUGUCGGUGGACGGCUUGCGACAGUGAAGAUUGGAGAUGAUGAGUAUGAGACAGGAGGUUCAGUGAUCCAUCCUCUGAAUCUACACAUGAAGCAAUUCAUUGAAAAAUUAGGUAUUCCUCCGAGGAAAGAUGUCCCCUCUAAAAUGGCGAUCUUUGAUGGGAAGGAGCUCAUGUUUGAGGAGAGUGACUGGUUCAUAGUAAACUUCUUGCGCAUGCUCUGGAGAUACGGGUUCAGCUUUCUCCGAAUGCAUAUGUGGGUGGAGAGUAUUUUGGACAAAUUUAUGAGGAUCUACCAGUAUCAGCAGUAUGGUUACUCUUUCUCCACUGUGGAUAAACUCCUUCAUGCCAUGGGUGGCGAUAGUUUUCUUACCCUGGUGAAUCAGACCCUGGAGGAAACAAUGAUUGGCGAGGGAUUUUCGCAGACCUUCAUCAACGAUAUUGUCGCACCCAUCACGCGUGUCAACUAUGGCCAAAGUGUCCGCAUCCAUGGCUUUGUGGGGGCCGUGUCAUUAGCAGGGGCAGAUUCAGGCCUGUGGGCAGUGGAUGGAGGAAAUAAAAGGGUGUGUUCGGGACUGCUGUACAACAGCAAAAGUGAGCUCAUCCCUGCUGCAGUGACGUCCAUUUCAGUCAAGGUUCGACCAUCAAAGACAGGCACCACAGCCAGUUUCUAUGAGGUUAACUAUGUCGGAGAAUCAGGCGCAGCACACUCUCUGUAUGACAUUGUGAUAAUAGCAACACCGCUUCACCAAGGAAAGUCUGACAUCACCUUCUCAGGCUUCUCCCCUCCAAUCCCAACUCAUUUCCCCGGACGUUACCACCAGACCGUCGCCACUCUGGUCCACGGCUUGCUGAACAUGUCCUACCUUGGGACCACAGAGCCAGCCUCGAAAUUCACCGUGUCUGACAUCCUCACUACAGACUCAAAGGGCUGCGCCAUCAAAAGCCUGGGCUCUCUUGACCCUGUGCACAUCCCCGAGGGCUACAAGAGACCCCCUGCCAGUGAGACCAAAGUCUGGAAGGUGUUCUCCCAACAGCCGCUGUCCCAGGAGCAGCUGAAGGACAUGUUCCUCUCCUGGGACUCAGUGUCGGAGACUCCGUGGCUGGCUUAUCCUUCUUACCACCCGCCGCACCGUAACACACCUCCCUUCAUCCUGCACUCGCGGCUGUACUACCUCAACGCUGUGGAGUGGGCCGCUAGCGCCAUGGAGAUGAGUGCCAUCUCUGCCAGGAACGUGGCCUUACUGGCACACCACCGCUGGCACCAGCAGGUCAACAAGAUCGACCAGGAAGACCUGCACACCCGACUGAGAGGUGAACUCUAAAGAGAGGAAGAUAAAGCAGUAAAGUUCAGUACAGACCCACACAGAUACUCAUGGAAAUGCCCGCUGCACUCUAACAUUACUCCUGUCAGGACAAAACCCAACUCUUCUUUCAGGUAUUUGGGCCGCUCUGACCUCUUUAAACUUAAAGUUUAUUGCAACCUGGAUCUCUUUGACAUAGUAUUGGCCAUCAGUUUUAUCUUUUACUAAGUUAACAGUCAGAGCUAAAAACACAGGGAACACAGCGACAUUGCCACGAUGAAGUCUAACAGGGCAACAAACAGGAGCAGUCACACAAUUAGACUUGUAGUUUAAACAGAUUCUCCUCAACACAGAAUUUGCUCUGAAAACGUUCACUGUUUGUAUGCGUUUUCUCCUCCAAAUAAGUCUGGCUAACCCGAGGGGUUUGUGUAAUACCUGUCUGAUUGGUUGACUCCUCCUCCUCCUCAUGUUUCCUGCCCUCAUCUGACUUCUUUUUAGCGAUGUCUCUGCUUUCCCUGAUCUCAGCAGAUAACUUCUUGAGUACAAUGUUAUUUUUAUCAGUAGGAGUAGAGAGGCUAAGUCCCUCCCUUUUUGGUGUACCCCAUGGGAUUUUAUUUUUGUUUUACAGUCUUUUGUUGAUGUUUGUCAGUUUAAAUAUGAUUUUGCAUGUUGGGAAAGUUGCAGUUUUUCAUAGUUUUGUCGAAGUACUGUGUAGAUUUGUGUAAAACUGCUCAGUAAACUACAUUUCUCAUUUUGCACGGUAUACAUCACAAACACCAGCUAGCUUGCUAGCCCUGAGAAGACGAUCAAACUUCACUAUCACUAAGUUGUAGCAAGGCUUCCGUAGCUGCUGGAGGAUCAAUUACGGCUAGCUAACUAGCUGGCUAGGUAAUUCGUAACGUUAUCUUCCCUGAUGUGUCAAAUUCAGUGUCUUCUGGUCUUUUAUCAGACAGCAUAGGUUUAGAUUUAGGGGGGGAUGCAGGGGACACAUCCCGUCCUUUAAAAAAAUUAAAAUUAUUUUGACAAAAUUGAAUACAUUAACACCAUAAAUUGAUGCGGAAGUGGCACAAAUUGAUGCAUAAAAAAUCACCAGAAUGCAGGAAAUUAAGCACUUGAUGCUCAAAAUUUACUAGUGGAGGAUUCCUAAACUUCCAGUUUCAUGUGUCCUACCCAAUGUUGACAAGACCUGUACCUCGUGUAAGUACAUCAACCCCUGGUGCGAAACACACAGACAUUGUAGCUUCGGUGAGACAGACUGGAAGUAGAAUAGAAAGCUAUGACAUCAUUUAACGUGACUUUUGUAGUUUUUUUUUUAAUGAUGUCUUUUCAUUAUUUUAUACACCACUUUCAUGGCAAACUGCGACUGUCUUGGUUCACAAAAUUACCUUAUGAAUUGACAAACAUUAUAUUUGUAAUUCAUGGCACAAUUCAAACAAGAUUAAUGAAUUAUUUGUCUCUCACCAUUGACUUACAAAGAUAUUUCUUGUUGAAAUAAUGUCCCAUGGCAGUCCACUGGAAGAGGUGGGACUUUGCUUCUCUAUGUUGACCAAAACUAAUAAAAGAAAAGACCAUCAAAAGGAUCCUUUAAUCACCCUGACAGUAGACAUGGUUCAUCAUUCACCAGCAACAAUAGCACAGAUCCCUCUGAAAGGUGGGUCAACAUUGUAACGUGCUGAAUUUUUUUAAUCACUGUGAACCAUGCUGCACUCCAGGGAAGAUGCAUCCUCUUUGUGUUCCUCUAUCUACAUUAAACUGAUUCUUUUGUAUGUGCGCUUCUACUGUUAUGAACAUGGUACAGCUUACAUCUAGCGAGUCAGCUUGUUGGUGCCACAUAAACCAAGAUGUCCUUUUUGUUGAUGGAUCUAUGUGUCUUUUUUAGUCUCUCUACCUCCAGAGCAGACCACUGUAUGUGUUGUGAAUGAGCACAGGCAGCUUUCAGCAAGAGAGUGGUGCCAUCAAGACGUUGUCUUGUUGAUGUUAAUGAUGCCAAAUAUGAAAAGUAUUAAUAAGUUUAUCUUGUGCUGAUAAUGUUAAUGAGACUUAUGAGAUGUAUGAAUUCAGUUUGUUAAAACUAUGAUUGUGCCUUAAAGAUAUCCGUAAUCGGCUUAGGUAUUUAUUAAAUAAUAAGUCUCCGUAUAAUUUUAGAAAUCAUCUGUCCUUUGGGUCUUCUGGUUAUUUUUAAUGAAGUGAAAAUUGUCAUCAGAGUCAGACCACCAGGACCAAACUGAGGAGUAUAAUGCAUUUCUGUGUUUUGUUGUAACAUCUGGAGGAGAAUCUGUUUAAAAGUAUUCUGUACCUGCGAUUUAUCAGGUGUCAUGUUGCUUAAAACCACUUUCAUAUUCUUCAUCAGCUUUGGGAAGGAAAUUGUAGUUUGCUAAUUGUUUCUUCUGCACUUUAGAGGUGUAUUUUUCUAGAUUUUUUGAGAGAAGUUUACUUGUUGUGAGUGUAUGUGACAAGAUACUGUAGCAAAGUGAUUAAUUGUGCAGUUUAAUUGACAAAAGUUUAUGUUUUACACUUAUGUGUAGUCUCUUUACAUGGACAAACAAAAAAGACAAAAAAACAAAAAAGUGCAGUAUUUAGACUCACUUCUUCUGCAGAAAUAAAACAAAGCUUUUAAUUACAAAUCGAAACGCUUCACUUGAGAUUUUAAACAAUACUGAAACUUCCCAAAUUGCACUGUAUGUUUUUUCCAAGUGUUUAUGAUCACAAUAAAUGGAUGAGUCCUUG